CCGUGGCCACUGUCCUGUGAGAUAAGGUCCUGUUAUCGUAUCCAAAGAAGAGGUUCGCCUUAUUGUACUAGAGGUUCGAACUUGCUGAGAUUUUGGCCUGUCCACUCUGCACACGGGCGAGCCGGGGCUCCGUCUCUCAGUCGAUGGAGGCUGGGAGGUCGUAUUUUGCCAUCUCGUCAAAACUACAAAAGGAAAAGUGAAGUUGAAAUCCCCUUGCUUCUAGAAUGUGAUGCUAACCCUUGAAGAUAAUGAACAGAUGGAGAAACUGAGGCUCAGGGUUACAGGGCAGCCACAGAGCCGGAGCCAACCUGAAAAGGACAGCACCUGCACUCACGUGCUUCCGGAGGAGGGGGAAGAAUGACGACAGCCAGGAGCCCUUAUAAUCCACAGAGUACGGUUGACUUGGGUGCUCAGUACAUCACCUGCACGCCUCACUAUGCCAAGCAACACCAAAGUUUUUAUGAUGACCUGUUAGCUCUUGGCAUUUUGAAGCCUCUGACCUCUCCUAUUGAAGGGAUGGUGAUGAAAGAAGGAGACUGUAACUUUGUGGCACCUCAAGGAGUUUCUUCAAUUAUUAAGCACUACUUGAAAGAAUCAGGUGCUGAUGUCUGCUUCAGACACCGUGUGACUCAGGUCAACCUGCGGAAUGACAAGUGGGAAGUCUCCAAGGAAACAGGUCCCCCCGAGCAGUUUGAUAUCGUUGUCCUCACGAUGCCGGUUCCACGGAUUCUGCAGCUCCAAGGCGACAUCGCAAACUUAAUUAGUGAAUGCCAAAGGCGGCAACUGGAGUCUGUGAGCUACUCCUCUCGCUACGCUCUGGGCCUCUUUUAUGAAGCUGGCACGAAGAUUGAUGUCCCUUGGGCUGGGCAGUACAUCACCAGUAAUCCUUGCAUACGCUUCAUCUCCAUUGAUAAUAAGAAACGCAAUAUAGAACCUUCCUCUUCAGUUAAAACCAGAAAACCAUGUCAGAUGAAUAGAAAUACUCCGUACACAUUCACAGCUGUGGUUACAGUUGGAGGUAAUGAAGGUGCCCACGAGCCGGGCUCCCAGAGUCGUCCGAAGUCGGGCCUUCCCUUGUGGUUCACACCACUGUCCCCUUUGGAGUCACCCACUUGGAGCAUGGCACCGAGGACGUGCAGGGGCUCAUCUUCCAGCAGCUGGAAGGCGUCUUGCCAGGGCUGCCUCGGCCAGUUGCGACUCAAUGCCAGAAGUGGAGACAUUCGCAGGUUACAAACGCUGCUGCCAACUUCCAUGGCCAGUUGACUCUUCAUCUCAAACCUUUCCUUGUGUGUGGAGGGGACGCAUUCACCCAGUCCAACUUCGAUGGCUGCGUCACUUCUGCCCGGUGUGUUUUAGAAGCUUUAAAGAACCACGUUUAGUACCUGUAUCUUUGUUCUCUACAUGAGCUUCGGGUUUUUGUCUUCUCAAGUUUCUGUUAUCGAUCAUUUUGGUUUCUAUUUUGUUGAGAGAAAUUACUGGAAAAUGUCUCAUAUGGAGUAUUAAAUUGAUUUUAUGAUUUUGACAGUUACAACCCACGCUAGAAUGAAAAUUCCUUGUACCGUGCACCUUUCACAGUGUUUCUGAAUUGCCAUGACUCCCCCUUGUUAGAGAAAAACAGUGGUUAAGAAUAACAAAUGACCCUUGCAAAGAAGCAGGUCCAAUCAAAAUAAUAGUUCAUGUUCCAAAACCUUUAUUCUUUUGAAAAAUUUCCAUUCUAGAUAAAGAAUAAUUAUCAUCCAAUCCUCGUUUUUAAUCUUCAAGUUGGUCCUUGAUUCAGUGUUUUUGCCAAUUGCUGAACUAUAAGAUUUUCCCAAACUGUGGCUAACAGAGAGUAAUUUCUGUCUUCUCUGGUUAUUAAAUGAUCCUGAAUCAUAGGUCAUAGAUGUCGUCGUUUCUGGGACUGUGGUUUGGAGGACAAUUCGCUGAUAAAGAAAUCCCUCUUCACGUUUUCCCAUAAUAACCAGAUCCAAGUAGACUCUCCAAGUCGUGUCAUAGUUUUUCACCUUAAAAAAAAAAAAAUAUUCAGCCCUAACAUGAAAGGUAAAAAUUAAAUAGAAGCUGAGAGAAUAUAGAUCGAUCUUUACCUCUUGCUCUGCUGGCUGGCUGGUGCCACUGCCUUCCUAUGGUCCCCGGGAUGUGCUGUGGCAUUUAGACUGGGUUGAGUUUAAUGAAUUUAAUACAACAAGAAAAUUUACUGAACUGGAAAACAGAUGCACUUAAAAUAGUUCAAUAUUUGCCAACUUAGUGGUUCAGUGUAUCACACACAUGGUUCAGUGACCCACCUGUUUCCCGUCACUCGCUGGCUGGACAGAAAUUGAUUCCCAUCUUCUACACCAGCUACCUGUCACUAAAGGAACGGGGAACUGCAUUUGAUUUCUGGGUUGAUAAGAUGACCGAUAUUGAGAUUUCUUUCAUCAUUUUGGCCCAUAUUUGAUUAAAAUUUGUCUUCCUGUGGGUUUUACCCUCGAAGCAUGACAGAAAAGACAUUCAGAUGUGUUAACUAUCUUGUGUUUAACUGAUGCCAUCCUGGAGCCUUGGAUUAAAAGCCUCCUGAAGCCUUAAGAACAAUUGUUACAUUCGUCCCACAAGCCCACAUCCUCCAAAGGAAAGAGCAAGAAAGGACCUAUGAAGGCAGAGGCAGUUACUUAGGGAAAAGAUUCGUCUAAGUCAUUACUGAUGACUUUUAAUAUAUACUCCCUCUAAUGCCCUGAUAAUUCCGCAUCUGUUUUGAGAAAACCAUGGCACUUAUAGGAAAAGGCUCAAGCCUGCUUCAUAUGUAGAUGAUCGUUGCUUUGCUAUUCUGAGUUGUUUUAAAAACUCAUUUUACAUGUAGAUCCGUCUCUGAGAGGAAGAGGCCAAUUUCCUGCUGCUCAAAUAAGGAAAUAAAACGUAUCCACUG